CAUGUUCUGCAUUUUAUUAUUUUGUCAUACAUUAGAUCAAUACUUAUUCUUUUACAUAUUAUUAUUUUACAUUUCUUUUGCAUACUUUAUUUCUCUCUUGCAUAUAAAUAUACAUGAUGCCCCGGAUUUUAGGUAAACUCUAAUAGUUAAUAUGAUAAGUUCAUGGGUGCAAAAUUUAUAUAAGAGCAACAUGAUUGACUGAAUUCAUACGAUGUUUAAACAUUGAUUUUUUUAUUAAAAAUAUGUGUGCUAACAUGUGUGUUGAUAACACUUUUUAUUACCAAACAAUGAUGUUUGAUUUAUUUUUUACCGUAUACUGUUCUAAUCAUACACAAUACAUAAAGUUGAACUUUUAUCAAAACAUUCAUUAACAUUUCAUAUUUUGGCUUGCAAAUAUUAAAGACACAAUCAUCUCACCAUCGGUUGAGAAUUCAAUACGACGCGUGAGAUAAUGAGGAACAACAUGGGUUUAUCAUGGAAGGUGAAUAGUAGUGAAAAGGAUCCUGAACUUGAAACUGAACAUUCAGAAGUCGAUCGGAUAGUUGCAAAAUGUUGCGAAUUUGAUAACCAAAUUAAUUUGAUUAGUGAAGCAUAUCACUUGGUAUAUGGAGGUCCAAAGAAUUUGUUAGAUGAAUUUUCUAAUCUAACACAAAUCAAGACUCCUAUGGGAAACACUGUGCUACAUCUUGCAGCUUGGAGUGGUAAUGAUGAUAUUGUUACUCUUUUAAUUGAUCGUGAUCCACGACUUUUAUUUAUAGUUAACAAUAACUUGGACAAUGUCUUACAUGUUGCUGCUCGAGCUGGAAACACCUCAAUCAUUAAAAAACUAUUAAAUGGUUAUUUUAGUUUCCUAAAGCUUAAAAGAGAUAUGGGACAUGGCGAAUUUUGGAAAAUAUAUCGGGAGAAAUAUUAUGUAAGUGGGGAAUACGAUCCUAGAUAUAUAACUCGACUAUCAUAUUUUUUCACUCGGGGAAAUAAUCAAGGAAACAGUAUGCUUCAUGAAGCAAUGUUAGGUGACAAGAGUAAAAUUGAUGGGAAUAUGAUUUUCAAAGUUUGUGAAGAAUGUGAAAUAGAAGAUUGGGAAGAUAGUUGUUAUACUUAUGCAAUAUAUUAUGAUAAUGAUGCACAGAAAACAGUACUUUACCUUGCAGUUGAAAAUGGAAACAAGGAUGCAGUCAACCUAAUAUUGGAGAAGUGUCGCAAGGAUGAUAUUUGUAUAUCAGGAUUAUCACCCUUAGUAGCGGCAAUCAUGAUGCAUAAUCCAGAAAUAUUCAAGAUCAUACUAAAACACCAACCAACUUUGAUCCAUUCAAAGGACACACAUUAUAGACGUCCUCUUCAUUAUGCUGCAUCUAUAGGUUACUUUGAAGGUGUCGAUUUAUUACUUGGAUUAUGUAAACGUUGCACAAUUCAAAGGGACAAGUAUGGUUAUUUCCCAAUUCAUCUAGCAUCUUAUGGAGGACAUGUGAAAGUAGUAAAGAAGUUGUUAGAAUAUUGUCCAGAUCCAACAGAGAUGCUUGACACAUUUAAUCAGCGUAAUUUUCUUCACAUUGCAGCAAAGCAUGGAAAACACGAGGUGAUAUGCUACAUAUUACAAAGUGAAAUUCCUGAAUAUCAUAAGCUAAUAAACCAAAAGGAUAAAAAAGGAGAAACUCCUUUGCAUUUGGCUGCAAGAUCAUGUCAUCCCAAAACUGUUUACUAUUUAGUUAAUGAAAAAAACAAAAGAGUGAAUCUUGAUUUGGUUAACAAAAACAAUGAAACAGCUCUUGACAUUGUUAUUUCACUUUACGAGGCUGGAAAAUCAUCUUUGAGACAGCAUCUUACAUGGACUGCACUAAAAUCUGCUGGUGCAAAGCAAAGUUCAGGAAAAGAAAGAAUUCACAUUGAAUCUACACUCAAUGAUUCAAAUUCACAAAAAAAAGAAAACAAUAAAAACAAAACUCAAAACCAUGUUGAAGAAUCACAAGAAAGUGAAAAACAACAUAAAGCAAAAGAAAUUGUUUCAAAAAGAUAUAAGGACAGAUUAGAAAACCUCACAGUUGUUUCAACCCUUAUAGUUACAAUUUCAGUUGCAGCAUGUUUAAGUGUUCCGGGAGAAGCAGAUGGAAAAGCAAAUAACUUAAAUCAAGCAAUGUUUCAAUUUUUCAUUAUUUUCAUCACAAUAUCAUUCUUUAGUUCUAUUAGUGCUACUGUCAUACUUUUUUGGGCAACCCUUGGAUUGACUGAAUUGGUGACUUUAACUCUCAAAAUUGUGAUGCCAGUUCUUGGAAUCGCUCUUUUUUCAUUAUCUAUGGCUUUUAUGGCUGGUCUCUACAUUGUCAUCAGUAAACUUAGUUGGUUGGCCAAUGUAUUUAUGGUUAUGACUGUGAUAUUUGUUAUAGUCGUGGUUUUGUUAUACACACUCCUUUUUCUUCCAUCGCCAUCAACUACAAAGUCCUUGAGAUACUUUUCUCACUAUCCCUUACUCUAUUUAGCAUCACGUACCGAAUGUAAAUUUGAUCAAGGUCUUAAAUCUUGGGGUAGUAUAGGUAAAAAUUAAUAUGUAUUGUUUCCCUUUUUGUGUGUGACUGUAAGAGAUUAAUAUUUGUGAGCCUAUGUUGUGAUAAAUAUGUAUGUGUCUUUUGUCUGAACCAAUAAAUGUCAACGAAUA